UUAAUUUUAUAGAAUUUGAUUUAAUAUAUUUUAACCAAAAGAACUAGACAAUUUUUAGUUUUAAAUUCUUUUUUGAGAAAUUUAAUUUUUAUAUCUGUAUUUAUUUUGUAAUCUAUUAAAACAGAAUCAUGACUUAUUGAUAAAUGUUAUGUCCAACUAUGUAUUUUCUUUAUUUUAGGGACUUUAUUAGUCUCUUUGGUUUUAUUUAAACAUUGACAUGUUUAUACACAAAUAUAAUUACAAGAAAAAUAUAAAUAUAAAAAUCAAAAAAUUUCAAACUAAAUUUUAAAACAAAAAAAAAUAUACUCGUCCUCUAAAAAAACAUGUCAGAAUCUAGUUAAUGGUAAAAUAUGUUGAUGAACAUAGUGGACUGGAUUAAAAUGGUUUGAAUUGUAAUGGAUUAUGAGUUAUCUAUAACUAAACCAAUAAAAAUUUAUAUCAAACAUAAACUCAAAUCAAAUAAAUAAACAAAAAAAUAACCAAACCAAAUUUCUAAACCAAUUUUACUACACCAGAUUUUAUUUGUUUCCUCAUAUAUAUAGCUACAUUUAAUAUACUAAGGCUAACCCAAUUUUCAUAUAUACAUAUAUUUAUAUAAAUUGGUUAACACCCAAUUUCUCAUAUAUAUAUAUAUAUAUUAUAUGUUGAUUUUUUAAUAAGGCAAGUUUAAUCAUAAGUUUCGCCAAAAACAUAAAAUCAAGUUUUUCACCAAAACUCUAAAUUGAAUUUUUUUUCAUCAAAACACUAAAUCUCAUAAACUGUUAUAUCUUUCAUAAACUAAAAUAUUUUAGAAUUAAUAUUAUUGAUAUGUUUUAUUUAUUUUCUGCAUAAUAAUUUUUGUUAAGUUUUUUUCAAUUUUCAUACAAUACCUUUACAAUUUUCAAAAUACUAAAAUAAAAUUAAUAUAUUACAUUAUAUAACAUGAUUUAAAAAAAAAAAAUCGCAAAUAAAAUUUUUAUUUAGUUGUAUAACAUAUUAAAAUAAUAUUCCUUUUCAAAUGAUUAGGAACAUAACAAAUAUUAUUAAGGGAACUAAAAUAUUUUUUUUACUAUAAUCUUAUUUAAUUAGAUCAAGUACAAAAACAAAUAGUAUAAGUCAAGAUACUUUCAGUGAAAAAAGUAUUAUAUCUUAUGAUUAUGAAAUUUUUAGAUUAUAAAUGAUUUUUAGGAACAUAACAAAUAUUGUAAGGGAAACUAAAAUAUAUAUAUUUUCUUACUAUAAUCUUAUUUAGAUCAAAUAACAACAAAAUAAAAAUAAAUAGUAUAAGUCAAGAUACUUUCAGUGAAAAAAGUAUUAUACCUUAUGAUUAUGUAAAUUUUAGAUUUUUUAUAUAUAUUUUUAACCCAAUUUACCCAUAAUAAGAAUACCCAAUCCAAUCUUACUUUUUAUUUUAAAAAUAAUUAAAAUUUUAUUUUAUUUACACAGACAGUAGCUACAUCUACAACAAAAAUUAUGAAGACAAAAUUUUAUAGCAAAAAAAUUAAAUCGACAUUCCAAUCCCCCUUGGUUUGUAGAAAAUAAAUCAGAUCAUUAUCAUGACUUUUCUGUAAGUUACAAAAAUUCUUAUGAAUUUGAGUUUCUCAUGAAUUUUGAGUGCUUUGUUGAAGAGUUAACAUAAAAUCAAUGAUAAUGCUUCUAACUACUUUAAAUAUCUAACCAUAUUACAUCACAUAAAUAGAGAAAUAGAAACAAAUUGAACUAUAAAAGAUACUGGAUGGAAGAAAAUAAUACCAAGUAUCUCUACAAAUAUAAUCAGCUAUUUCAAAUUCGAAUUAGCAUAAAUAUCAGUACUUUCUUUUGGAAUUUGAAUUUCUUUCGCAUUAUCCUAAUCAACACCCCGGACAUAGUGAGUAAAAGUCAACCACCGAUAGUAAUAGUAUACUGGUAUAAUCUGAGAAGGAAAAUUAAAAUAAACAUUUAAAAAAUAAAAUCAAAUAAAUCGGCAAAUAUAAAGAGGCUACUGGUUCAAUUGAACAAACCCAAUUUUGUAUAUCUCCCCUCUUCCUUCAAAGUCUGAAACUCUCAUCACCGUCUCUGUUUCGCUUAAAUGCCCCAAGUCGAUCUUGAAACCUUGGUUUCUUCAGUCUACUCCGGUGCCCUCUCCGACGACAACUCAGCUAACGCCCCGAUGAUCCGACCCGUUUCAAACUCCGUCGCGAGUGCUAUCGAUGUUCCACCGGAGUCUUACUCCGUAUCAAAAGAAGCAGAGCUCGAGUGGUUCAACGAGAACGCCUUCUUCGAGCGGAAAGGAUCACAGAAAGGAAUCUCAUCCUCCACUCACAAUCCCAACUCCAAUUCGAGCUCUCAGAGGGUUUCUCUCAAAUCCAAGACGUCGAUCAUCAGAUUACCGAAACCGCAGAAGACGUGUUUCAACGAAGUGACGAAGCGGAGAAACUGCAGAAUCGCGAGGACUCUGAUGAUCCCGAAGCGGAUCGGGUCGCGGUUGAAGUCGGAGCCUUCUUCUCCGAAGGUCUCUUGCAUUGGUACAGUGAGAUCCAAACGUGACCGGAGCCGUCGAAUUCAGAGACAGAAAUCCGGUCGAACCGAUUCGUUUAAAGAUAAACCGGUUCCGGUUAAGAAACCCGGGUUUUUCGCGACCUUCAGAGCCAUUUUCAGAACCGGUGGCGGUUGCAAAAACCUCUCCGCGACUGGAGCCCACGCUCCGCAGAGGGAGGCCACCACUCCGGCGAGAAGGUCGACUGAUAUAAGAGAUCGGCUUCCGCCGGUAGAAGUCGGGAAAUAUUCUCCGCCGAGGAUGAGUACCGGUCCGAGGAAAUCUCUCGACGGUGUGGAACCGGUAUUACCCGGUUUAGGCGGGGUGACUCGGUUUAAAUCGGGGAGAAGACCGGAUUUGUUGGUAAAGUUUGACGUGGCGUGACGUGCGGCGUUUACAGUGUGGACAGGUGAGAGUCGGUGGGGCCCAGUCCCGUGUUUCAAGCUUACGGAGUAAACAAGGAUGGUGAUUGGGUUGUUGGCUGUUCAUGGGCUUUUAUGGGGCCCAUGAGCGUGUGUUAUUCGGAAAGUCGUUAGUGUUGACGUGGCAACCAGUUUAACGGAAACACGGCAUAGAAAGAGAACAGGCGCACACUUUUGAUUUGGUUUCUCGCGUUCAAACCAAACUUCCACCGUUUUGUAUAUCUUACUAAUAUUAUAUUGUGCCCCUUUUUUUCUUCUCAAGACUUUUGAUUUUGAUUAGUUUUGCUUUUUUUUUUUUUUGACCUUUUGGUUGUACAUAGCUGUUUCUAUAACUUAUUUGUGUAUGUGUUUGCUUGUAGAAUUUAUCAAUAAUGUAGAAAAUACUUCAUGAGUAAACGGUCAAUAGUCUGUUUUCUACGAAUGAGCUUGUUUUAAAUUGAGUCAAUUAAAUAGUGCUAUAAUCUCAGGAAAACAUAAAAAAGAUUCAAAACAAUGAAAGUGAAUUUUACCCACUAAAAACUAUGAAAGUGAAUAGUGGGAGCCAUAAACAUUUACAAAAACUUUGACGUGUUCAAGUCCUCGCAAAGAGACGAAUUAAGUAAAAUUAAUCGCGAGUGUCUUUUUUCUUUUCUCUUUUUGUAUUUAAUUUGUAUCUUAUUAGUUGUUUCGUUUUCAAGAAAAGACAGGAUAUUCUUAGCCAUCUUUGAUUCUAUAAUAUAAACAAUAACAAUUAAUUUGGAAAAGUCAGUCCUUCGAAUUGGCAUUUUAUUAUUUAGUCUUGCCUAAAUAAUGGGGUAUUUUGACAAUUAAUUUGAGGUCUGAUAGACUGAUAUCUGUAAGUUUUUUUUUUUAACACAAACAACUUAUAUUAAAUCAAACCAUGAAAGAAAUUAUGUGGUGAGUACAUCAUUACAAAGGGCUGAUUUAGCAAGUAGAUCAGCCUCCGAGUUUAGGGAAUGAGAAAUAAAAGACAAAGUGCAAUAAUCAAACAAGGAGGAUAGAAGUUCGAUGUCGCAGACUAAUCCGUAGAGUUCGACCGGUGAUGACUUCGAACAGAUUGCUCUCACGAGCACCUGACAGUCUGAAAAAACACAGACUCUGGUGAAGCCCAGUGAAAGGGCCAGACGAAUCGCUAAGGCUUCGCCAAUAAGUUAUUGUUCAUUUUCUGGGAGGCUUAUGAUGUGUUAAUAUUCAUCACCAUGUGUUAGCAAUUGUUUAAUUUUAGCUGCCUGUUGUGUUUUUCUUCAGAUGUAUUGUUAGUUCUAUUUAUAAAUUUCACUGAAAUUAUAUAGAAUAGCUUUUACAUAUUUAGCAUUCAGCAAACUACUUGUAACUCAUUUUAGGAAUGAAUGGAAUAAAUGGAAUAAAAUGGAAUGGAAUAGAGAUAAUUUGAGGAAUUAAUGGAAUGAUAUAUGUAUUUAUUUUUUAAUUAUAUUUAAGUUAAUUCAUUCCAUACAUUCCUUUCAUUCCUCUAUCUUUUUUAUUAUGAAUGGUUUUUAACGUGAUUCACAAUUUUUUUCAGUUAUCUCACAGGAAUUAAUGGAAUCAAUUUUUUAAUUUUUUCCACUUAACUGGUAACUUUUUUUUGGAAUGCUCAUGAAUGACUAAUUCCACAUAAUUCCAUUCAUAAAAAAUGCAAUCUAGUUACAGCCGUAGUAUUCCUAAUACUUAUUUUCCAACUGUACUUCUAAAUAAAGGUGUCCAGAAAGUUUAGCAGCGAUCACAAUUUCUUGUCGGUACUAACUUUUGGCCUUAUGCGUAUUUGUUGUUAUGUUCGUCGGUGAGGAUUUUUAGGUUUUAUCAACGCGUCGCCAUUGUUUCUCUCGUCAUCGUGUUGGUUUUACGGUAAAACUUUUACCAUUUACAAUAUAAUUGCCACUUCUCCACUCGUCAAUGAGAUUAUUAAGAUCAAUGAGACUAAGGGAGUUCCAGGUUCGAUGUCUAUAUUAAUAUGAUGUAAUAUACUCGGUGACAAAUAGCAUUUCAAUUUGAGACCGACUUUAGAAUGGUUCCAUACUCAAAAGACUUUUGACAGGCAAAUAUGUUGAAACAGAGAAGUUUUGACAAUUACACAAUUAAAUGCUUUCUGUAUUGUCGACGACAUUUCACAAACUAAAAACCAACAAUUGAACAAUGACAUGUCUAACUUCUUUAACAUAGGAAUUUAUUUUAACAACUAAGACCGCGAAGAUUAAGUCCAGUGAGACUUAUGAAAAAGGAGUGUAUGGAGGAAAAAAUGUUUGGCUGCAAAUAUGAGAGGUCCACCAAUUUUGAUAACAUAUCGUUUUUUUUCCUCUUAUAACACACCUUUGUAAUAUAUACAUAUGGUUUUAAUUCUAGUUACAAGAAUUGUUGUUUGGAGUUGGCAGGAAGGACAAUGACAAUAAAUUUGUCUCACUUUCGAUCUCCCUUUCAAUUUUUUCCUAGCAACAAUUAUUCCUAACCAGUAUUGAAACAACCCCCUUUUACAUUUGUUAUCUCUCCAUAAGAUUUAUGAUCCAGUUGCAAUAACUAAUAUACUUGUUUCUUUUCCUAUAUAAAAUAAUAUUACUGAAAAGUUUCCAAAUGUAUCAGCUCACAAGAUAUAUAUUUAUGUCUACACAUAUUUUCUGUAAAAAUGUUAAGAGAUAUAUUUAAUGUAUUGUUCGAAAAUAUAUAGCCACAUCAUGUGAUUCUAGACA